CGAUCCAUUCUUCACAUCACAAUGGCAUCCUCUCAACUCACCAUCGAAUCCUACGAUAUCUACCAUGGCCUCCCAACCUUCAAGGAUGAAGGUCUAACCGCCAUCGUCACAGGAGCAAACGGUCUAUCCGGCGUCCACAUGCUCAAAAUCCUCGCCCGACAACCUCAGCGCUGGAAGAAGGUCUACGCACUAUCAAGACGUCCCCCUCCUGGCGACCUACCAGACAAUGUCCAACAUGUCCCCUGCGACUUCUUGAGCUCUCCCGAAGCCAUUGCGUCUGUUCUUAAAGAGAACAAUGUCAAAGCUGAUUAUGCAUUUUUCUUCGCAUACAUCCAGCCAGCGCCAAAGCAAGGCCAGAGAAUAUGGGCAAACGUGCAAGACCUGGUGUCUAUCAACAAAGCCCUGCUAUCCAAUUUCUUAGACGCCUUGACAAUCUCCAAAAACAUACCCAAGACUGUGUUGCUGCAAUUGGGAGCUAAAUACUAUGGCUUGCAUCUUGGACCUGGCUCUCCUCCUUAUGAAGAAACAUACGAAAGAGUGAUGCUAGAACCAAAUUUUUACUAUGCUCAAGAAGAUGUGCUCAAAGCAUGGGCAGAGCAAAACAAUUCACAUUGGAUCACCACACGACCUUCGCAUAUCCCUGGCGCUGUUGCCGAUAACGCGAUGAACUUGGUGCUUCCUCUGGCCAUCUACGCAACCGUGCAGAAAUACUUGAACCAGCUAUUGGAAUUUCCCUCCGAUCUCAAGGCGUGGGAAAACACAGUGUCCAUUUCUUCGGCGAGGAUGAAUGCGCAUUUGGCUGAAUGGGCUGUGUUGACACCCACAGCGAGAAAUGAAUCUUUUAAUGCUUGUGACGAUAGCGCGUUUACCUGGGGUCAAUUGUGGCCACGUUUGGCUGCUCGUUUUGGCAUGGACUGGAAAGGACCAGAUCUCGAUGCUGAGUACAAAGAGAUCAAGAUGCCAUAUGAGCCUCCGCCGCGUGGAUGGGGCCCCACUGCAUCCAUGAGAUAUAGAUUCACGCUUGUGGAAUGGGCAAAGAAGCCAGAGGUCACCAAGGUGUGGAAACAGAUUGCUGCAACCCAUGGACUGAGAAUGAAAGAGUUUGCGGACAUUGAUCGUGUGUUUGGGUUUACGGAUGCGACUUUGGGUUUUUCGUAUCCCAUUCANUUUCAGAUUGCUGACUUGUUGUUUGUGGUUAGUAUGACCAAAGCCAAGGAGAUGGGAUAUUUUGUCUAUGUGGACUCGACCAAGUCGAUUGUCAGGACGGUCGAGAAGUUUGCAGAUCUGAAGAUGAUCCCUGGUCUACCUUCGAUGUGA